CGGGCGGGGUGGAUUGCCUGCGAUUCUACGAAGCACAAUACUCCUGGAUCUCGUUAUUACAGUAAAAGUGUGCGCACCCUAGCGGAUAUUACCGUCGACUCUGGUUGGUCCAAUAUGCAACCAUAUGGCACAUUUUAACCAAUUUGAAACCAACUGAAUUCGACCGGGCGCAAGCUUUUUAAUUCAUUGGCUUACAAACGCUUCUGCAGAAUUUGGAGAGUGAAGUGGUAUCAGCCGUUUCACGGAUGUCCUGCACGAGCUGUCAGUGCGCGCGCUUCGUGACCAGCUGUACCCUGAUGUAAAGCUCUCUCAGAAUAUGGCGCUGGCCCUGGCUCCAUUUACAGGUGCCCCAUUUCCACCAGACCACGGAGAACACACCCGACACUGCCUCUAUCAUCAUCAUCAUCAUCACCGUCUUCAUCAAACUGCAGUGCUGAGGCUUGCGUAACGCAGAGAGGGGUCACCAUGCUGUCAGGGUCCUGGCGACGCUCCAUCAGCCACCAGCCGGCGGGCGCGGUGGUGGCCAACAGGGGCGUGGCCGUGUGCGGCGUGCCCAGCGGCACGGUGGUGCUGGAGGCCCAGUACGACUACAACUACCGCAGCGCCGACGGACGGCAGGUCUGCAUACGGGAGGGCGAGCGCUUCAUCCUGCUGAAGAAGACCAACGCCGACUGGUGGCAGGUGAGGAGGAUCGGUGCCGCCAGCAAGGCCAAGCCUCUGUACGUUCCCGCCACCUACGUGACGGAGGUGCCCAUCGCCCCGAUGCCCUCGCCGCAGCGGCUGUUCACGACCACCUCCCUGAGCACCGAGCUCAGCAGCCACCCCAGGGUGUCUCUCACCCAGAGCCCCACGCAGGCACAGUACAGCGACAAGUACCAAGUGAACAAACCCUUCUGCCGCUCCAUGGAGAACCUCAACUCCAGCAGUGCCUUCAAAGGCUCGGAGCGCUCUGCCGGCCAGGCCGCCCCUCGCUUCCCCACGCUCCCGCUCUCCGGCUCCGGCUCCCACGGCUCUGCGUCGCCGGGCUACCUCCGGGUGCCAGGCGGCGGGCCCCGGGGCUCCGCGAGCCAGCCGCCCCUCCCCAGGGUGACUCCCACCAUCACCCGGAGCCAGAGCUCCAGCAACCUGCCCGAGAACCCGUACGACGAGGUGGGCAGGGGCUUUGGUUUCCACGGCAGCCCCCGGGUCCCCAAGAAGUCGUGCAGCCAGUGGGACAUGGCCGAGCUGUCCCGCAGUAACAACCACCUGCAGGUCCCGACAGAGUCCUACGUCCCUCAGCUGUCCUGGCAGAACUCCCCCCUGUACAGCGACACACUGACCCCCUCAGCGUCCCCGUCUAGGGCCGAGCCCCCCAGCCCGCCGCCCGGAGAGCAGCCCCUGCAGGUGCUGGACCUGUGGGAGCAGUACUCGGACUUAGCCAGCGGGAGAAGCUACUAUGUCAACAGCAUCACUAAGGAGAGGUCCUGGAAGCCACCGCGGAGAGCCCGCACAGGGAGCACCAACCAGCUGAAUCAUCCACAGCCCCAGAUAUCACCCAGGCACACCAGCCAUCUGUCCCUACCGCUCUCUGGUACCACCAAUGGCACUGUGCACAAGCUGUCUCCGGAUCUGGUCUACAGGAGCCACCAGAGGAGCGCUCACGGAGCUGUGCACAGGAAACAGGUGAAUAUCUAUAGCAUGCAGCGUGCCGUGUCCUCUGAUGUGCUGACCAUGUCGACGUUCGGCAAGGGCGACGCGCUCAGCCCUGACUCCUCCCCCAUGCACCUGCCCCACUCCCAGUCGCUCCAAGAGAACGGCCAGCUAGCCACAGGAAGCAUCCAGCUGUCCCUGCAGAGCAGAGGUUACUCCUACAACGUGACCAACAUCAUAGUAGAGCCCCCCUCGCCCGAAAGCUCGCCAGAUAGCGACAGCAGCAAGCCCGAGCUGGAGAAGGCUGGUCUACUGAACAAGACCAAGAUUUCAGAAGGAGGCAGGAAGCUGAGGAAAAACUGGAACCAGUCAUGGGUGGUGUUGGUGGGGAACAGUCUGGUUUUCUUCAAGGACCCCAAAUCCCAGACUCCCUCCAGCUGGAAACCAGGGAACAGCCGUCCCGAGAGCAGCGUGGACCUGAGAGGCGCACAGCUUGAAUUUGCUGACUGUCUGUCUAGCAAAAAGAACGUCUUCAAGCUGAGAACCGUGACAGGAAACGAGUUCCUUCUGCAAUCGGAGACGGACUCUCUUGUCAGAGAUUGGUACCUCACCAUCCAGGGUGUCAUUGAUAGGCUGGAGCGGGAAAACCCUCUGGACAACGUGCUCCUGUACUCCCAGAGACGGGCGGGCAGCCUAGAGAUGCUGGAUCGGAUCGGAGAGGACGAUGACAGGACCAGGACCUCCGUGCCCCGCUCGGCGUCAAACCUGGAGAACACGGAGCGGAAGCGUGUGAGGAGCCGCCUGAAGAAGCUGAUCCUGAAGAGACCCCCUCUGAAGGCGCUCCAGGAGAAGGGCCUUAUAAAAGACCAGGUGUUUGGCUGCAGAUUGGAGAUGCUGUGUGAGCGCGAACGCAGCGCCGUGCCUCGCUUCGUCAGGCUGUGCACCGAGGCGGUGGAGAGAAGAGGCCUGCAGACUGACGGUAUCUACAGGGUGUCUGGCAAUUUGGCCGUCAUUCAGAAACUUCGCUUCAUGGUGAACCACGAGCGAGCGGUGACCACAGACGGCCGCUACAUGUUCCCAGAGGAGUUGAUUCGAGAGGAGAAGCUGAACUUGGACCAGAGCGAGUGGGAGGACAUUCACGUCAUCACGGGCGCUUUGAAACUCUUCUUCCGCGAGCUCCCCGAGCCGCUGGUCCCCUACGGCUUCUACACGGACAUCAUCGAGACCGUCAAGAUGUCUGACUACUCCGACAAAGUGGACCGUCUCAAGUGUCUGGUGCUCAACAUCCCGCCUCCCAGCCAUGACACGCUGCACUUCAUCUUCAGCCAUCUCCAACGAGUGCUUGAGCAGUCGGACGCCAACCGGAUGACCACCCAGAACAUCGCCAUCGUGUUCGGGCCCACCCUGAUGAGGCCGGAGCGCGACACAGGCCUCAUGGCCGUCCACAUGGUCUACCAGAACCAGGCCGUGGAGCUCAUGCUCACCGAGUUCGACCACAUCUUCAGGACCCCACCGCCUCUCUCGUGACCUUUCACCUUCCAAGAACAGCCCCUCCCCCCCACCCAGGUCCGCUGAAAGGAGCCGCGGGCGCAAACGCAAGCCGCCAAUACGCAUAUGAAUCGGGACAGAGAAUGAAGCGGCCUGCGUUAGCGACUCUCUCCCGGACAAAGCAAAGCGGGUUUCACUUUAAAUGUUAAUCAUGGAGUCGGAGGGGGGAACAGCAACACGGGCAGCGUGUUAAUCAGGCGGCUGUUUGGGUCUAUAUAAGUCCUCUCUAUAAAAGCAAUAGGUUCAAUAGCCCGGCUUCAACUCAUAGCAACGGUGGCUUCUGCUUGUGUCUGUCUUUCAGACAGGGGUCUUCUCCUGGGUUCACUCGUACUCCGUGGCAAAUCUCUAUUUCGGGUUUGUUGGUAUUCCUAUUGCGUUGGACAGGGCAGAGACAAGUCUGCUAUAACUGUGGGUCUAUCAGGUGGGUUUUAUAUAAGAUGAAAGAUGAAUCAGCAACCAUGUGGUCUGAAGACCAUAAAACGCUUUCACUGUGAAGAGUCCAGUGCUUCCUGCCAUAGGCGUCGGAUGUGUGUGUACAGUAGAGUGUGUAUGUGUGCACAAAUGUGUGUAAUUUCAGGGUAUUGUGUCACUUAUUAUGACAGGCGUACAAGUUUUGUUUGACUAUUCUGUCACUGAGAAAUUUGAUUCGGUGGUGAACCCUAAGAAACUAAUUGGGUGGCUGAGCAUAUCAUUUAGAAAAUGAAUCAAUCAAUCGCAGCCUUCUUGAACCCAUAUUAUUAUCCCUUUUCUAAGAAUACCUUUUUAAUCAUAUUUAAUUUUUAAAUAAUAACCAAGAGUGACAUUAAGUAUCAAACUAUUUUGAUCGGAUGAUUCUUCUCUGGAUUGGACAAUUCAAUCUUUGUAAAGAUGUCAAUGAGCUAUAUAAUACAAUAUAGGAACGUGAGUAGGAAUCGUUCCAAAAUGAAUUUGUUUGGAUAUUGAUGUGAUGACUAUGUCCACACUAUCUGUCCCUGCUAACCAAAUAAAUCCUCAGUAUGUAUUUGGACCUUUUAAAUGUAAUUGUUGUACAUUAGAUGAUUGGUCUUCCACAUUGAAACAGUGAUGGAAAAACCCCAGCCGAUUAAGUGAAAAUAUGUUCUUUGUAAAUAUGUCAAAUACACUUUUUGUCAACUUAUAGCACUUUGCUAUACAGUUUGUACUCCAAGGCAGCGCUCUGCAACGCGGCUAAAGCCAAACUUAAGAGCUGCAAAUGCAUCCAAAUAGGCUAAUAAUAAUGGUAAUUCUAAAACAUCACACAUGAGUAACAACAUAAUAAUGAUAAUAGCGCGUGUCUGUUUGGAUCCCAACUCUUGCCAUAGAACCUGGGAGUUAAUCGAACUGGACACGGGUCUCAUAUGCGAUAACUCACGCCGUAUUAAACGUAGGGAGUGUUUGGCCAGCGAGGGCUUGCGUGAGAGGUAAUCAAGACGGGUGGAUGAACGAGAGCCAGGGAGAGACAGCGGGGCGGAGAAGCAACGGUCCCCCGUUAUUGGUGGGGAUGCUGCUUUCAAUAACAGUAAAAAAAGAGGAACUGGAGAUGCAUAUGUUUGUGCGGAUUUUCCCCAAAAUUCUCUCUCUCGUGCUCUCGCUCUCUCGCACUCACACACGCACAAAUACACACAUACAAAGUCUUUGUGGCUUUGGUAAUUUUAUAUUGACUGUGGGUUUGGCAAAAGACAAAAUGGAACAGGAAAAUGUAAGAAAAAAAGAGAAAGAAUGAGGUGCAUGUAGAAGUUUUGUGUGAUCCUUAUAUAUUAUUAAUAGUCCUUUGUUGGGGUUUGGAGUGUAAAGGGUACACAAUAAUUACAGUCAUCUGACGACUUGAAGACUUCUCUUUUUACACCAUUGAACAGUUCAGUGCAUUUCACACGUUUUACGUUAAAUUGUACGCCUGAAUAAUCUCACUGUUUAACAAGAAUGAAUGCCCUGGUAUCAGAUAGGUCUGUUUUUUGUUUUUUUUCAAACCUUCCAAUAGGCUUAUGUUUUCGUCAGUGUAUUCGAAUGAAAUAAGUCUGAUUCGUUUUUUUUAUCCUGACCACAAAGCCCAGAAAACCGUCGAGAGGUCAACUCCGUUCUCGUCCCACAAAACCCCUUCAAUUAACCAUUCCACGUAUGAGAAACUCCUGUUUUCUUUUUUGUACAUAUCUGUAAAUAUGUACUAUUACGUUUUAUUUGCUGUCCGACCUCUGAAAUGAAAAGAGAUUUAUGUGUCAAUAAAACCCAAUAUCAA